AUGGAUUCUGCUAAGUUCUCUCAAUUCAAUGUUUCGGUCAAAACCUACAAGACAGUCCGAGACCAUGAAAUCCAAGCCUACAUUCUCGUACCCAAGAAUAUAUCUCCUGGACCCCAUCCUGUGAUCGUGAAAAUUCACGGUGGCGGCUCGGUAGCUGGAUCAGGAGUCUUUGCUCCUUGGUUUGCCCAAUACCUCCUGACCCUCGCGCUUCGAGAAUCUGCCAUCAUUAUCGCGCCAAACUAUCGACUCCUCCCAGAAUCAACUGCUCCAGAAAUGAUCUCCGAUAUCUCCGAUUUCUGGACCUGGACGCGUACAUCCUCAUUCCAAUCUUCUCUUCCCCCCAAUAUCACAGCCAACCUUUCUCAGACUCUCUUGUAUGGUGACAGUGCAGGUGGGCAUCUCGCCAUGCUAUCCUCACUAACCGAACCGGAAAAUACCAUAAAAGUAUGCAUAGCCGCAUAUCCGCAACUAGAUAUCGAAGAUGAGUGGUUCUGCGAGAAAUUCGAAAAACAUCCUUUUGGUCUACCUAUGCUCCCCACGGAGAUCUUGGAUAAUCAUUUAGAAAAGAUGGAGAAAGAUCCAAGUAAACGAGAACUCAUUUCCGAUACAGUAGAUCCAUGGGAGAGAUUGCAACUUAUUCUUGUGGUGUUGCAGCAAGGAAGAUACAAAGAGAUGUUUGGGGAAGAGGAACAUGUAUAUCCUUUCCGAGCUCUCGAAAAGAUAUCCAGAGAUGAGGUGAAGAGAAAAAUGCCCUUCCUUUGGCUAUACACCGGAGAAAAGGAUACUGUUAUACCUGUUGCCGGCAUCACAAAGUUUGCUGGAAAAUGGAGGGAGGCGUUUGGAGAGGAAGGGUUGAUGGCACAUGUUGAAGAGGGUGCAGACCAUGGGUUUGAUAAUGAGGCAGAUAUUGAUGCGGGGUGGCUGAAGGAGAGAUUGGAGAAGGUCGUGGGAGUUUGGUUGAAGUAG